AUGCAAAGACCUCCUUCGGGCUCACAUCAAACAGAUCAUGUUGCUUCGGGAUCAUCAGAGAAUUCAGUUUCCAACGAAGAGAAUUUAAUUUACGAAAAACUAAAAAAUAGUGGAGAAUUGGAUCGAUUAAAGGAAUUAUUGAAGACCAGAUUAAUCCAAAAUGGAUGGAAUGAUAUUGUUUCUUUGGCUUUCCGAGAAAGUAUGGAGGAUCGAGAGCUGGCAGAAUUAUCAGUACCAAGCAUUGUCCAUGAUUUACUUCCUAUUGCUCGGUCUAAAAUACCUGAAAAUGUAAAAUACGAAGUGGUGCAACAAAUUCAACUUUUUCUAGAAAAAGAUCAAGACUUUUCAGAAUUAUACAACGCACCAUUACCAACUACUCCUAAAAAGUAA